AUGGCAACACUCGAAGGAAGACAAUUGAAGAGGGACUUCAUCUCGGAACUUCCCCUAGAACUUUCGAGACUUGUUCUCUCGCUGCUUGAUAUCAAAGACAUCUUCACAUGUUCAGCAGUGAGUCGUACAUGGCGUUCACACACGCUCAUUGACGACUCAUUAUACAUUCCUCAUCUCCUAAGGAAGUACAACAACGUCACACAUGGCCGGGAUCCUAUACCUCCCAAGGCAAAUACUGCCCAGGAGCUUCUUCGGAGAUUUCCGCGUCUAUCGGCAUCCUCAUACUUUUCGGACCUAUCGACACUCCGUGACUUGGCACUUCGAGAUCUCUACCUCUUGAAGCAAUGGAACAGCGGGAAGCCUUGGCGGAAAACCAACUUGAAUGUGUCCUUUGAGCAUGCGGACGUGCUUCUCUCGGCCUUGAUUGAUCCGGUGUGCAGUCUGGUCAUAAGUGGGGACCGCUCGGGGAAAGUGGUGUUUUGGAGUACCCAGACGGAAAAGGCGGUUAGCAGCUUCUGCUUGGGCGACGAUCGUAGGGAAGGAGACACCCGGGGUCCACGUCCAGCGGCUUCUGCUAUGGCGUUAGCAGGCGGUCAUCUGGUUAUUGGAACAUGGCACAUGAUGGUGCACAUCGCUCGUCGAGAUGAGGAGGAUGUACCUGUCGAGAGUCGGGCCUUCUCGUUAGUCGCAAGUUUCCCGGUCCCGUCACCUGUCGUCAGCAUACUGUUAGAGGGCACGAUAUGUAUUGUGGGCUGCCAUAGUGGCGAGAUCUCAUUCUGGGACAUAGGUGUCCCUAAAGCCAGCGACCUUUCGUCGGAGGAGGCCCCCAAAGUGGAAUACUGCCCUAAAUGGCUCCUUAACAUCCAGAUACCAAAUAAUGGCCCCUUCCAGCAAAAGAACCUUUCCAUGCACUACCGAAAACCCUUCCUCUUCACAUCGUCCAAUCUCGUCUCCCAGGUGACACCAAGUUCACGAAAGAUGGAUCGGAAUAACAAGCGUGAUUUGUGGGAAUACGGCGAGCGGGAAAUAACCAUAAAGUCCUUCUGCGGCUCCACACUGGACCUACCACCGGAGCACCUUUGCCUCUUGCAUCCAUCACGUGACGAGGGUGACCUUUUUGUGGCAUGGCCAGACUUCUCAGUCUACAGUGUGGGCGGCUUCAAUGCGAGGAUAGUUUGGGACCCAAAGUCGGACUUGCUGGUGGGAAAGGCCCACGAGCUGCCUGUGAGAUGUCUUGGCGCCACGGACGGUUUCCUUCUUACGGGCUCCUUUGAUCAUACUGUCCGGUUGUUUGGGGAAGAUGGAACUCCUAUAUGUGGACCCUUUGAGCACAGGGGUGAUGUUAAUGCUUUAGCCGUGGACCCGUGUUUUUUCGCUAGUGUGUCGGACGAUAAGACGGUGAUGCUGUGGGAUUUCACGUCCCCUGCUUAUGCGGCGAACUUUGGUGCUUCGCCGGCUGCUAUAUCGGAUUCGGAGUCGGAGUCGGAUACUUCGUCUCCAAGUUCUCAUGUUACGAGCCCUCCUUCGAGCCCGGAGAUUUAG